CCCUCUUCCCUUGACGCUAUCCUCCUCCAUUUCUCCGCCUCACGGGGAAUCCGCUCGCGCUUUUGCUCGGCGAUUUAUUGCUCAGGGUUCUUGCUGGGUGGCGGUGGUGGUGGUAGUGGUGUGUCACCUCGACGCGGGAGCACAAGGUGGGGGGGGGGGGCAGGCAAGCUGUGCUGUUCUUGCGUGUGGGUCUAUGCCUGCUUGCUUGCUCGGGGGAGGAGGAGGAGUUGUGGGGUGUAGGUGGCGGCAUUGCUGAGGGCGGUGAGAGGAGAUCCGGCGAUGUCGGAGGCCGACCGGAUACGGCUCCGCACGGCGGCGCUGUCGCUGGACGGUGGCGCGGUGCGGGACAAGCCGGAUGCUAAGGCGGAUGUGUUCGCCGAUCUUGGCUCGCCGGUGUCCCCGCUGCGGGCGCGGGCGAGCGUGACGACGUCGUCGUCGUCGUCGUCUGGGUCGGCGAAGUCGCCGGCGCCGUCGAAUGCUGGGGCGAUGGGGGUGGCAGGCGGGAGGAGCCACUCCGGCGAGCUGGUGGCGGAGAGCACCCCUCCGCGGCUGCCCGGGCACCGGCGCUGCGGAUCUGGGCCUUUGAUAUUCUCCGGUGGCAGCAGCGGCGGGAGCGGAGGCGGCGGCGGGGACCGCGGAAGCACGGCGAGCUCGCCGAUGACUAAUGCACUCCCCGCCGGUAACAUCUGCCCGUCCGGGCGCGUCCCGGUGGCGGCGGCCGCGCCGCCCCCUCCGCGCUCCCGCCCGGACGUCCUCGGAUCCGGCACCGGCAACUACGGCCACGGGAGCAUCAUGCGCGGCGGCUUGGCCCCCGCGAGGAGCAGCAUUGACUCCUCGUCUUUUCUCGGACACGCCCCGAGAUCUCCGGCGACUUUUCCGGCGGCGUCGGGUAGCAGCAGCGGGAACCUCCAGGAGGUGACCCGCGUGGCCAACGAGUGGUACAAGAAAGGUAAGUACGCCGAGGCGCUGCGGCACUACGACCGCGCCGUGGUCCUCUGCCCCGAGAGCGCCGCGUGCCGCGGGAACCGCGCCUCCGCGCUCAUCGGCCUCGGCCGGCUCGCCGACGCGCUGCGCGACUGCGAGGAGGCCGUCCGCCUCGAUCCAGCCAACGGCCGCGCCCACAGCCGCCUCGCCGGGCUCUGCCUCAGGUUGGGGAUGAUUAGCAAGACGAGGAGGCACUUGAUGCAGGCUGGGCAUCUUCAUCAAUCUGAUCCUUCAGAGUGGGAGAAGCUGCAGCAGGUGGAGGCACAUCAGGGAAGAAGCAUAGAUGCCAGGAAAAUCGGGGAUUGGAAGAGUGCAUUGAGGGAAGCUGAUGCCGCUAUCGCUGCUGGAGCUGACUCCUCUCAGCUGCUUCUUGCCAUAAGGUCAGAAGCACUUCUCCGGCUCCACAAGUUAGAGGAGGCUGACUCAACUCUUACGAGCUUGCUAAAAUUGGACAGUAUAUUGCUGUCUUUGUUGGCAGCCAAACUAUCAGGCAUGCUAGCUGAGUCAUAUGUAUGCAUUGUCCGAGCCCAAGUUGACAUGGCAUUGGGCAGGUUUGAUGCUGCUGUUGAGGCAGCUGAAAAUGCUAGACAUAUUGAUCCUGGAAAUGCGGAGAUUGGGAUGAUCCUAAAUAAUGUCAAGUUAGUUGCUAAGGCUCGAGCCCAAGGAAAUGAGCUCUACAAAGCUGCCAAGUUUUCCGAUGCAUCUAUAGCAUAUAGUGAAGGGCUCAAGUAUGAGCCCUCAAAUCCAGUGCUCUAUUGCAAUCGAGCAGCGUGCUGGGGGAAGCUAGAACGGUGGGAAAAAGCUGUUGAUGACUGUAACGAAGCAUUAAGAAUACAGCCUAAUUACACAAAGGCGCUUUUAAGACGAGCUUCAUCCUAUGCCAAGCUCGAGCGUUGGGCCGAUUGUGUGCGGGACUAUGAGGUGCUUCGGAAAGAGCUUCCUGCUGAUACAGAGGUUGCAGAAUCACUGUUCCAUGCUCAAGUUGCAUUGAAGACAACUCGUGGCGAGGAUGUGUCAAAUAUGAAAUUUGGAGGAGAGGUUGAGAUGGUAACCAGCGUUGAACAACUCCAUGCUGCCAUAGGGUCACCAGGGGUGUCUGUUGUUUACUUCAUGUCAGCUAUGAACCAGCAGUGCACAAAAAUUGCACCUUCAGUGGACUCCCUUUGCAGCGAAUUCCCCUCACUGAAUUUUCUAAAGGUAAAUGUUGACGAUAACCCCAUGGUUGCAAAGGCAGAGAACGUGCGGAUAGUCCCAACAUUCAAGAUAUACAAAGAUGGUGCAAGAGUGAAGGAAAUGAUCUGCCCAAGCUUGCAUGUUCUGCGCUAUUCAGUGAGGCACUAUGCCGUGUCUAGUUCUUGAGAAGCAGUCGGUACCAAACCCCGAUUUCCCGAUUUCGUUGAUGCAUAGUGCUCCCUUUUCCCCUAUAGCCUUUUACUGUCAAACUUGAGACGAUGUUGUCAGCCUCCACCAGUCCACCUCAUUUCACCAGCUGCACAAUAAUUCCCCGUCAAGCAUGAGCAUAAUGAGCUAAAAUUGGUUAUGUGGAAGAGCCUACCCCAAUUUUUUCUCCCUGCCCCCAAUUCCCAUAUGUUGUUACCCCUUUUACCGUUCAUAUGCCAACCUCAUUCAAUUCUUUCACCUUUCUGGGCUCUUUCACCUCUUGUAUUUGAUACAUUUUGCUUUACCUUAUAGUCCAAUAGACAGCCAACCCUGCUUCUCAAGAAGGGCAAGUUUGUAAUGUUGUUUAGUUUAGCAUAUCAUAGAGAGGGGGGAGGGGGAGAGGGGAGGGAGUUAGAGAGGGGGAUGAUGGUUGAGAUUUUCAUUACCUGUAAAUACCAUAUAGCAAAACAUCAGAAUCCAUUUGAAGGAUUGCUUCCCUGGAGAAAUGGUGGUAUCAAAAUUUUGGAGAGGCUAACUGUCAUUGUAGGGAAUCAAGAGAGCUGUUAAUUGGUGCAGGAUGGGUUAGGGGUUGGAUGCUAAAAAUUGGGUGUCAUUUUGCUGCUUCUGCUGGUUUGUGGUGCUGAUACAUAAUGCUACCAUUUCCAUGAAUAAAACAAUCCAACAUUCUUUUUAUCUCUCUUUUUGGAG